CAACCAGCAGAGGAGCCUCACAGCUUGGGCGGUGGAGAGCCCAGGGAGAGUGGCAGGGAGGGGAAGCCAUCGCAGCAACAGCUUGGAGGGGGAGCUGGCUAUCCCUUGCCCGCAAAAUACGGACUAAAACCCGGCUGAAGAAGACCUGCGGGAUCAGGGAACCGCCGGGUUACUGCAAAGAAGGGCGGGGAAAAGGAGGGGGCGCUGCAUGCAGCGCGCUGGCUCCAGCGGUGCCCGGGGGGAAUGUGACAUCAGCGGCGCCGGGCGCUUGCGGCUGGAGCAGGCAGCUCGCCUCGGUGGCCGCGCAGUGCACACCUCACCCACGGGAGGACUCGGAGCCCGGCAGGUGGCCGGGAUGUCGGCGAAGGAGAGGCCAAAGGGCAAAGUGAUCAAGGACAGCGUCACCCUCCUGCCCUGUUUCUAUUUCGUUGAGUUGCCUAUAUUGGCGUCAUCGGUGGUUAGUCUCUACUUCCUGGAACUCACGGAUGUCUUCAAACCUGUGCACUCCGGAUUCAGUUGCUAUGACAGGAGUCUUAGCAUGCCGUAUAUUGAGCCAACCCAAGAGGCCAUUCCAUUCCUCAUGUUGCUUAGCUUGGCUUUUGCUGGACCUGCAAUUACGAUCAUGGUGGGUGAAGGGAUUCUGUACUGCUGCCUCUCUAAAAGAAGAAAUGGAGCUGGAUUGGAGCCCAACAUCAACGCCGGGGGCUGCAACUUCAAUUCCUUUCUCAGAAGAGCCGUCAGAUUUGUCGGUGUCCACGUGUUUGGACUGUGCUCCACAGCUCUCAUUACGGAUAUCAUACAGCUGUCCACAGGCUAUCAGGCACCAUACUUUCUGACUGUGUGCAAGCCCAAUUACACCUCUCUGAAUGUAUCCUGCAAAGAAAAUUCCUACAUUGUGGAAGACAUUUGUUCGGGAUCUGACCUUACAGUUAUCAACAGUGGCAGAAAGUCAUUCCCGUCCCAGCAUGCGACCCUCGCUGCCUUUGCUGCUGUGUAUGUGUCCAUGUACUUCAAUUCCACAUUAACCGACUCCUCCAAGCUCCUGAAACCUCUCUUGGUCUUCACAUUCAUCAUCUGUGGAAUCAUCUGCGGGCUAACACGGAUCACUCAGUAUAAGAACCAUCCCGUCGAUGUUUAUUGUGGCUUUUUAAUUGGAGGAGGAAUCGCGCUGUAUUUGGGCCUGUACGCUGUAGGGAAUUUUCUGCCUAGUGAAGACAGCAUGCUUCAGCACAGAGAUGCCCUCAGGUCACUGACAGACCUCAAUCAAGACCCCAGCAGGGUUUUGUCAGCUAAAAAUGGUAGCAGCGGUGAUGGAAUUGCUCACACAGAAGGUAUCCUCAACCGAAAUCACAGGGAUGCAAGCUCCUUAACAAAUCUGAAGAGGGCCAACGCUGACGUAGAGAUCAUCACUCCUAGGAGCCCCAUGGGGAAGGAGAGCAUGGUGACCUUCAGCAACACGCUGCCCAGGGCCAACACCCCCUCCGUGGAAGACCCAGUGAGAAGAAACGCGAGCAUCCAUGCCUCUAUGGAUUCUGCCCGGUCCAAGCAGCUCCUUACUCAGUGGAAGAGCAAGAACGAGAGUCGCAAGAUGUCCCUGCAGGUUAUGGACUCUGAACCAGAAGGGCAGUCACCACCCAGGUCCAUAGAAAUGAGGUCCAGCUCAGAGCCCUCGAGGGUGGGGGUGAAUGGAGACCACCAUGUCCCGGGCAAUCAGUACCUCAAGAUCCAGCCUGGCACAGUUCCCGGGUGCAACAAUAGUAUGCCUGCAGGGCCACGUGUGUCCAUCCAGUCCCGCCCUGGCUCUUCCCAAUUGGUGCACAUCCCCGAGGAGACCCAGGAAAACAUAAGCACCUCGCCCAAGAGCAGCUCUGCACGGGCCAAGUGGCUGAAAGCAGCAGAGAAGACCGUGGCCUGUAACCGGAGCAACAACCAGCCACGCAUCAUGCAGGUCAUCGCCAUGUCCAAGCAGCAGGGCGUGCUGCAGAGCAGCCCCAAGAAUGCCGAAGGGAGCACGGUCACCUGCACAGGCUCCAUCCGCUACAAAACCCUGACUGACCACGAGCCGAGCGGCAUUGUGCGAGUGGAGGCUCAUCCCGAGAACAACAGGCCCAUCAUCCAGAUUCCAUCGUCCACCGAGGGCGAAGGCAGUGGCUCCUGGAAGUGGAAAGCGCCGGAGAAAAGUAGCCUGCGCCAAACCUAUGAGCUCAACGACCUCAACAGGGACUCGGAAAGCUGCGAGUCCCUCAAAGACAGCUUUGGUUCUGGAGAUCGCAAGAGAAGCAACAUCGACAGCAAUGAGCACCACCACCACGGCAUCACAACCAUCCGCGUGACCCCAGUGGAGGGCAGCGAGAUAGGCUCAGAGACGCUGUCUGUAUCCUCCUCACGCGACUCCACCCUGCGCAGGAAGGGCAACAUUAUCUUGAUCCCUGAAAGAAGCAACAGCCCUGAAAACACAAGAAACAUCUUCUACAAAGGAACCUCCCCCACGAGGGCUUAUAAGGAUUGAGUGAUGGCCCUUCUUGUCAUCAUUUUGGUGACAUCCCCACCCCCACCCCAAGACCACACAUUUAUUAUAGUACCUUGUGCUCUUUUGGGUAUUUUGUUGUUGUUUUGUUUUUGGUUUUUUGUUUUCUUUUCUAGUGGAUAUGGCGAGCCUUCUUGCCCAACUAGAUUGUUCACCAUCAGCCUGGAACUCUCACUGACCCACCACAGAAACCGUGGUGAUUUUCCACCAAGGGAAAGGAAAAGCACAAAGCAAGACCCGAACUAAUCUCAUCAUCUGAAUAGUUCUUAAGGCCUGUCACUGAGGCUUCGCAGAGGGCAGUAUUAGGAUAAAGUGGUCUCCUCCGAUGUAUAGUAUUUAACUUUCUGAAUGUGCCAACUUUGAAGUUUCUUUUUUUUUUUCAUUAUAAUUAGCGGUGGGAACCCAAAACACUACAGGUUUCCCCAAUAGCAGAGGCCACGCAGUAUUAUAUAGUAUUUAUUUUUGCAGACUCUGCACCAGAAGAGCAGACUGGGCGGUGCUGAUUACCACAGUACAUCUACCAUUUCAACUCUCAGACUCUGUGUAGCUGUGAGAGAGUGGUGUACAACCCCCUUGUCAGAAAAAUGCUACUUCAUUCAGAAGACGCCAGUGACUUUGUGGUAGAAUAGGCCAUUCUUGGCUUCCCUGUAGUGGCUCUCUCACAGUCCAAAAGAAAAAAGAAAGAAAAAACUGGACAGGGUUCUGAGCAUUUCUUUGAAAGAUGCUUUGUUUUCAACACUUGAAAGUCUGUAGGGAUGUUUUCGGUGAAAUGGAACUAGUUCUCCGCAUCGUUUUUCUGCUUUUUAUUUAAGUAUUGGUAAUGCUGGUUUCUGGUAUCUUCUUUUUUUUUAGUGAGUGCAUUUGCAUAUUUAAAAUACAUUGUUUUAGAGAAUAUUUUGAAAUUAUUAUAAUCACAUUUUCCAUUUUGUGGCUUCACCUUAGUUUAUUAAGUUUUUUGAGGUUAUGCACACCAUUCUUCUAUUUUAAGAAAGCAACAGUGACCAUUUACAUUCCUUGUGCAAAAUACAUUGCUUCGAGGUCCUACGCAAGAAAUAUGAGCCAACGGUUGAAACUGUGCGUUCCAUUGCCAGAUACAUUGGUCACAUUCAAGAUGUCUCCAAUCCGAUGGCAUAGGUUAUCACAUCAGUAAGCGAUCCCCAAACUUCAUUUUCUUCCAGAGCAUUUCAUUUUUGUGUUAUCCUGAUAAUCACCAAAUGGGAGCCACCAUGGGGGUGAGCUUGACUCCCUUCCCUGACACACUUUUAACUGGACACCAACAGUAAGGAUCUAGGCAAAGGCUAAUUGAUAGAUAGAAGUGUAUCACAGCAUACAUUUAGAAAGUGUUAUCUUCAAAACAGCAGACCAGGCAAAGCUUUUGUGCUUAGAGUAUCAGUGACAGUUUUGGCUGCCUGUCUUGAAUCUAGAACCUUGAGCCAAAAUCAAAGGAAACCAUACUGUUGAUAGCAAGAAGAUGACCACAAGAUAUUUUUGAAGUGUUUUCCCAGGUUAGAUGUUUAAAGACUGGAGACAUAUAUUUGGUUCUUGAAAGUUGUUAUAAAACCUUUCUCAUGCCAUGUCCUAAGAAUUAUAAUGGACACUUGAUGAUUGCCAAGAGGGGGAGCAAAAACAGCAAACAGCAGAGCUGGUUGGUCUGAACUCAGUGCAGCUUUCCGUGAGAACAAGAGCUGUCCAGCAAAGAGUCGUAUCAUUCAUUCUCCAGCCUCUCCAUUCAAAGGGCAGAGCUUUUUUUGUUUUAGAAAACUCAAGCUCCUAAGGCAUUAGGAAUUCAGCUGAGACCAGCAGAAUUGAAAACUCUGGCAAUAAAAUAUAGGCUCAACCAUAACCCUUCUGGCAAGUUCCUUCUCAGAGAAGGAAGUGGGAGUAAAAUGUGGCCUUCCCCACGUCUCUUACAUCACCACUGUCACAAUGUCCCCGCUGGCCCGGCCAGUUCCUAGAGGGAAGGGUGGACUGGUUUUAGUACUCUGGAGAAAAAAAAAAAAAACCAAGCUGCAGUAUUUGAGGUGCAGUAUGAUAUUUCCUAAUCUUUCCUAUUUCUUAACAAAAAAGAUUUUAAAGCACUUCUCUAGUCAUUGAACUUUUGUUCUUUACAUACUAUUGAUAUAUUCUUUUUCUACUCAAAGUGCCAAAGGCUACAGUUUUUAAACGACUUAACAAAUUGUACCACACUGUUAAGGAACUAUAACGAUAGACACUAGAAUUCAGACCUCUGCAUGUAUAUUUGAUAACACAUCUUUUGUAAAAAAUAAAUAAUUACAAAAAAUUUGUUUACAUUCCACUGGUACCUUAAUUUAAAAGAAAUCAGACUAACAGGUGGUAUCUCUUCUUAGUGUUCUAUUUAUCUUACUUGCUAACGAGAGCAAUUCUUCUUUUGUUAGGCUGUGCUUUAUUGAUGAAACCGAGUAUUGAAUAAAGAGAGUUAAUUAUCUUUUUAAAGUAAAUAAAACUAUGAAUAUAUAAUAUAUAUGAAGUAUCGUGUUUAAUAAAAAUGUUAUGCAAUGUUUUCCAAACUGAUAAAGUUUGUAAAGUGCUAUAAAUGUAUUUUGUUAAGUACAGAUCAAAGCUAUCGUGUGAGUAUAUUGUGCUGGCAUCAUAGAAAUAAAGAUUAGAUUUCUUCAUCAAAA